AGUGACAAACGGAGAAUAAUUAGAAUAUAGGUAAAACACAUUCAGAUGCCGGUGGUGUUGAAGAAAUAUUCCUGGAGUCAGGAGCCGGACUGGGUGACGAUUCAGGUAGACUUCCCGGAAAACCACCUCCGCCACGAGGAUGUAUUCACCAGUGAGCGAUUGCUCAAGAUCAACAAAGCGCCUUAUUACUGGGAGGUUCUGCUCGAUGACCCAAUAGCGGAGGAGGAAAGUCGUUGCGCAAUCCUGGAGAACGAAGUGGUCUUCACUCUGAAGAAAAAGAAUGGACCGUUGCAGUGGGAACGGUUGGAAGUUGAUGUGGACCGUUGCGAGAGAUUGCGAUUGAAAGAAGUCUUUUUGAAGGAGCAUCAGUUGAUGUUGGAGGAAAAGGCAAAGCAACGAGCGAUCGAGAAAGACCAAAAGAAGCGUGAUGAGAUUAGUAAGCAGAUCGAAAGGGAAGGAAGUGAGAGGAAGGCGAUUGAGAAUUUGUUAGAGGAAAGCAAGAGGAAGGAGUUGGAGCGAAUGGAAAAUGAGAGAAAGGCGAAGACUAUCCCGAAGAAAGAUACACCACGCCCGAAGGUCGUUGAAAAGCCUCAGCCGUUACGACCCGUGAAAAAAAUUGAGGAAAUCCCAGGGAUUCGGCAGAGCGGUACUGUGGCUGUGUCCUUCACGAAACGAAACUUCAUUACUCCGAAGAGAGAAUCCAUGGAGAAUGACGAGCGCGAUUGGAUCAUGAAGCAAGCGGCGGCGAAGAAGGCGACCGGUUUCGUGGAUGAUGAUCUGCGCCCGGAGGAGCGCAAUCCAGAAUGGCUGAAGCAAAAGGGGGAUUCGUUUUUCCAACAGAGUAACUACUUGGGGGCGAUUUCCGCCUAUUCGGCGGGUGUAAGGCUAACGAAGGAAUAUUAUCCGCUGUUUUUGAACAGGUCCGCAGCACAUUUUGCGAUGCAGAAUUAUCAGCGUUGUGCUGAGGAUUGCUCCACGGCGUUGAACCUGCUGGUGCCACCGGUGGAAGCGAACCGAAAAGCACGGGUCGCCUGCCUGGCUCGGAGGGGCGCAGCAUUGGUCAAGCUGGGAUUUCUGCGGCAGGGAUGCGACGAAUUGAUCGCCGCCUCGAAGCUGGAUCCCCAAUGCGAAAGUCUUCGAAGGGAGGCGGAAAUGGUGCAGCGAAAGCUCGAGGAAUGUGAUACCGAUUCCGAAUAGUGGACCACUUUGAAUCGAUCAAUAAACUGAUUGCUAUAUUUAAUA